AUGGGUCUCUCUACCUCAGCAAUUUGGAAAAAUACUCCAGUGGAAAGUGUUAAUCCAUAAGAAGUAAAAUGAAGGGUGAAGGUAAAUAGUCUUAAAAUGGUUGAUGAGCCAAUGGAAGAGGGAGGAGCAGAUUCUUGCCAUGUUUUUCUUGUUAGAAAGAAGACUGGUCCUGAUGCUGGGCAGCUCUAUGCAAUGAAGGUGUUAAAAAAAGCAUCCUUAAAAGUUCGGACAAAAAUGGAAAGGGAUAUACUAGUGGAAGUAAAUCAUCCAUUUAUUGUCAAAUUACACUAUGCCUUUCAGACAGAAGGGAAGCUAUAUUUAAUAUUGGAUUUUCUCAGGGGAGGAGAUGUCUUCACAAGAUUAUCCAAAGAGGUUCUGUUUGCAGAGGAAGAUGUGAAAUUCUACCUCGCAGAACUGGCUCUUGCUUUGGAUCAUCUGCACCAGUUAGGAAUUGUAUACAGAGACCUGAAGCCUGAAAAUAUUUUACUUGAUGAAAUAGGACAUAUCAAGUUAACAGAUUUUGGACUCAGUAAGGAGUCAGUAGAUCAAGAAAAGAAGGCCUACUCAUUUUGUGGUACAGUAGAGUAUAUGGCUCCAGAAGUAGUAAAUAGAAGAGGUCAUUCUCAGAGUGCUGACUGGUGGUCAUAUGGUGUACUUAUGUUUGAAAUGCUUACUGGCACUCUGCCAUUUCAAGGUAAAGACAGAAAUGAGACUAUGAAUAUGAUAUUAAAAGCAAAACUUAGGAUGCCUCAGUUUCUUAGUGGAAGUGGAGAGGCACAAAGUCUUCUAAGGAUGUUGUUCAAAAGGAAUCCAGCAAAUAGAUUGCGUUCAGAAGGAGUUGAGGAAAUCAAAAGACAUCUUUUUUUUAAAAGUAUUGACUGGAAUAAAUUAUAUGAAAGAGAAGUUCAACCUCUUUUUAAGCCUGCUUCUGGAAAACCAGAUGACACUUUUUGUUUUGAUCCUGAAUUUACUGCAAAAACACCUAAAGAUUCUCCUGGUUUGCCAGCCAGUGCUAAUGUUCAUCAGCUCUUCAAAGGAUUCAGCUUUGUUGCAACUUCUAUUGCAGAAGAACAUAAAAUUACUUCUAACACAAGUUCAAAUGUAUUACCAAUCGUUCAGAUAAAUGGAAAUGCUGCAGAAUUUGGUGAAGUUUACAAAUUGAAAGAGGAUAUUGGUGUUGGCUCCUAUUCUAUUUGCAAGGGAUGCAUACAUGCAACCACUAACAUGGAAUUUGCAGUGAAGAUCAUUGACAAAAGUAAGCAAGAUCCCUCAGAAGAAAUUGAAAUUUUGAUGCGCUAUAGACAACAUCCCAAUAUUAUCACUUUAAAAGAUGUAUUUGAUGAUGGUAGAUAUGUUUACUUUGUUAUGGAUUUGGUGAAAGGAGAACUACUUGAUCGUAUUCUCAAACAAAAAUGUUUCUCAGAAUGAGAGGCUAGUGAUGUAUUAUAUGUAAUAACUCAGACAGUUGACUAUCUUCAUUGUCAAGGUGUUGUUCAUCGUGAUCUUAAACCUAGUAAUAUUUUGUAUGUGGAUGUGGCCAAUGCAGACUCAAUUAGGAUCUGUGAUUUUGGGUUUGCAAAACAACUUUGAGGAGAAAAUGGACUUCUUUUAACUCCAUGCUAUACUGCAAACUUUGUAGCACCUGAGGUUCUUAUGCAACAGGGAUACAAUGCUGCUUGUGAUAUUUGGAGUUUAGGAGUCCUUUUUUACACAAUGUUGUCUGGCUAUACUCCAUUUGCUAAUGGCCCCAAUGAUACUCCUGAAGAGAUACUACUGCAGAUAGGAAAUGGAAAGUUCUCUUUAAGUGGUGGAAACUGGGAGACUAUUUCAGAUGGAGCAAAGGGUACCAAUGUGCUGUCUCCAGGAGGCACACCUAGCCCUGAUGGACAAAUCAAGAUUCCAGGUUAA